AUCUGCAGCUCAGUGUGGGACGGUAGCCAAAGGAUUGCUCAGGAACAACACAGGAAGAAGCCACAGGGGGAAACAGUUGAAGUGGAACAGCUGAUUUACUUAACAAUAAUCUUGUUACAUUCAGAGGCAGGCAAACAUACAUACCAGCAUCAACAUCAGAAUGUAUGCACCUGGGGUAAUGUUAGCCCUCUGUCUGUCUUGCUUUUUGAAUGGGAAUGUAUUUGGUUAUGAAUAUGGAGAGGAUUACUCUGAUCCCUACUACAACGUAAUCACAAAUGGUGACCACCAACAAACAGGAGCCACGCAAAUUCCCUGCCAAGACGUCUCACGCUGGGACAAACUUUUUAUCCUGCUGGAGGACUCUCAGAUGAGGCAAAACAUGAUCUUGCAGCAGAGUGAAGACAUGGUUAAGGUGGAGAUGAAUGCCUUAUGGAAGGAACUCCAGAAGCUCAGUUCUAACAACAACAAAGCAUGCGUCCAAGCCAUAGAGAACACCUGCAAAUGUAUAAAGGAGCAGAUGAACCUCAAACUGGACAGAGCCACUGAGCAGCUCAGAGAGGCUUUAGAUAAGUUUCAAGCCCAAAACAAUGAAACAUUCCAGCAGCUUCUCCAUUUCAGCAGGAGCCAGGCCACACGUCUCACCAAACUUGAGAGCAACUUCCUGCAAGGAGUAGGCCUGACACAAGUGGCCAUGAAAUCGUUACCAACCUACCCAAAGGAAGAGGAGGCAAGCAGUACUGAUAGCGGGAAUCUGGAGAGAGCACUGAUUGCCACCGCUGCAGAUCUACAAAGGGUGCAUGCCCAGCUAGCCCUUUUCCAAAGAGCAACUGCACAGCGUUAUAUGCCUUCAGGCUGUGAAAUGGCUUUAUUAUUUCCAAUGCGCUCCAAACACAUCUUUGCAGAGGUGACACCCUCCAAGUCCAUCUCCCUACAGUCAUUCACAAUCUGCAUGUGGGCUAAGGUGACUCAAUCUCUAAACAGAACAGUGCUCUUCUCUUAUGGCACCAGGAGAAACCCUCAGGAGCUCCAGCUACUCUUGGCAGGGCGCUCUGUGCUCCUCACGGUGGGUGGUGAGACCCAUCUAGUGGAAUCUCACAGUCUAGUUACAGAUGGGCAGUGGGCACACGUCUGCGGAGCCUGGAGCUCAGAGAAGGGGCUAGCCACUUUGUGGCUGAAUGGACAGAGAGUUGCCAGUGUCGCUGGAGUAGCCGAGGGGUACAUAUUGCCUGCUGAUGGAUUCAUUCUGCUAGGGCAGGAGCGCAGCUGGUUGGGUAACUACCAAAAUCUGGAUUCAUCGGUAGCCUUCACAGGAAAGAUGACAGGCGUGAACAUGUGGGACCAUGUGCUGGAAGCAGGAAGGAUAAAAGAGUACGCCAAACAAGAUGGGUCAUGUGAUAAUCGUGGGAAUGUUAUUGGAUGGGGUGUCUCAGUGAUCAUUCCACAUGGAGGUGCUCAGUAUGUCAACUGAGGUUGCAAAUAUUCAGUACAUUAUGAGGAAGAAGUAUUAUAUUGUAUAGUUUCAAUGAGUUUGUAUUGACCUAAAUGUUUUAUGCCACUGCUUUGCAGAUGAAGGCUAUGUGGCAUUUUUAGUUCUUGUUCAUUCCAAAUAAAGAGCACUGCUAUUAAAACUUAAAGAAAUAGUUCACCCAAAAUGAUCUCAUCAUUUACUCACCCUUUUGCCAUCUCAGAUGUGUGUGAUUUUCCUUCUUCAGCAGAACACAAAUUGUGAUUUUCAGAAGAACUUCUCAGCUCAGCAAGUGAAUGGGUGCCAAAAUUUGGAAGCUCCAAAAAGCACACAAGUCAGCAUAAAAGUAAUCCAUAAGAAUCCAGUGGUUGAAUCAAUGUCUCCAGAAGUGAUUUGAUAGGUGUGGUUGAGAAACAGAUCAAUAUUCUCCUCCCUGCUCAGUCAGUCUCCAUUUUAAUUUUCACUUUAACAUUCUUCUUCUUGUGUUUUUGGUUAUUCACAUUCUUCAUGCAUAUCUCUCCCUAUUGGGCAGGGAGAAGAAUUUCUAGCAAAAAUGUACUUAAAUAUUGAUCUGAUUCUCACACACACCUAUCAUAUCAUUUCAGAAGAUAUAGAUUUAACCACUGGAGACCUGUGGAUUAUUUUUAUGCUGCCCUUAAAUUAUUCUUAGCGUGUCAACAUUUUGACAUGACACCCAUUCACUUGUAUUGAAUGGGCCUACAGAGCUGAAAUAUUCUUCUAAAAAUCAUAAUUUUUGCUCUACAGCAGAAAGAAAGUCAUGCACAUCUGGGAUGGCAUGAGGGUGAGUAAAUGAUGAGAGAAUGUUUAUAUUUUUGGGUGAACUGUUCCUUUAAAUACUGUACACAUAGCAAAUGUUUUGUUUUUGUUUUAGUGUAUUAACAAGAGAAUUGCAUUGGUAUGUAAAUAAAUAUAUUAAAUGGUACAAACUAAAAAAUUAUUGUGGUGUGCCUCAGUGAGCCUAAUUAAUGGUUUACAAAUAGCAGAUUUGUUUCUGUUGUUUAAAAUUUACAUUUUAAUGACUAAAGGUGGGGCAAGUCUGCAUUUAUUUACAGCACCAUGCUGGACAUGCCUGUUUACAUUGUUCACCAAUAACUAGAAUCAGAUUUUCCCUCUCCUGCAGUUUAUGUGCAAUUAUGUACAGUGUUGUCUGGCAUAUUGCUGCAUUGCUAUUCUAAUAUGACUAUUGCCGGUUGGUCCAGUCUGACCACAAAUGAGACAAAAAGAACCCAAGCAAGGCGUGUGCCAAAGCCAAAGUGACAGCAACUAUUAAGUUACACCCUGGUACAUGAAAUGUUUAUUACAAUGAGCUGUGUUUUCCAGUGCUUUGGGAGUCAUAAGGUCAUAAUAACCCUCUUGUGUUGACUAACCAAAUUUUUUAAUAAUAGAGACACUACAAUAGACUGUGGCCUGCAGGGUUGUGAGGGUUACUUUUGAAAUGUAUUCCACUACAGAUUACAGAAUACAUGCUGUAAAAUGUAAUUUGUAACUUAUUCCGUUAGAUUACACAAGUAACAUAUUCAAAUACUUUGGAUUACUUCUUCAGCACUGGUAGGUUUUUUUUCACUUGUUUUGACUAUAAAAACUCUGCCAGUACAGUAAGACAAAAUACACAUGUUACAAAUAAAUUCUCUGAAAAACCUAAAUAUCUUAUGCAGUGAUGUUUCAAAAACAAGAUCAAUCAAAUUGGUCUUGUUUAAAGGGUUUUUACAGGAAAACAAUACACAACUUAUUAUCAAGAAUACGAUUUUUGCUCUAAUAUUAAAGGUCUUAGUAGAAAAAAAAAAAUUAUGAUCCAAUGUGAAUUAUAUUGAUAAAAAAUAUGAUCAUGCCUGGUAAUAUGUGCAUGUAAAAUGGCAAGAAAUAGCAUUUUAGCUUAGUGUAAACCUGACAAUUUACACAAGGUUUAUUUCUAUUUCUUCUGCUCCAAACUUACUUCAAACUUAUUUCUCUGUCUGCUCGUAGGAAUGUAACACAUCAUAAGAAAGUGUUUCACAGCUGUUCAAAUGCACUUUGGAUCGCAUCAUUUAAAUAAAUGUUUUCCAUCUGAAAGAACUAAAUAUUAAAUGAAACAAAAUAAUCUCUGCAAAGUAAUCUCUUCAGAAAUCAAAAUACUUUUUGAAUGUAACCGUAUUCUAAUUACCAGUGAUUUAAAUCGUAACUGUUGUGGAAUACAGUUACUUGUAUUUUGUAUUUUAAAUAUGUAAUCCCGUUACAUGUAUUCCGUUACUCCCCAACCCUAGUGGCCUGGACUGUUUAUAUAAAAAUUGUUGAUGAAAUGUAUUAAUUUGCCUUUUCUGCAUAACAACAAGGUUUAACCAUUACAACAUAAUUUCAUCCUAUCUAAUAUAUAAAUUGUUAUCUGAACUUAAGACUUUAAAUUGGAAUUUUCUGUAAUUCGGCCUGGUGAAUAUUGCUAUUGAUUUUAAAUUAAAUUAAUGAGUAGCGAAUAACUAGUUUUUAAAUUAAACAGAUUUUGAAGAAUGACUUAAUGUAGCCUAGAUGUUUAGUUUAAAAUACUGUAAAAGAUUUACAGCCGAAUCAAUACAUGUUAAUCAUAAAUAGAUUAUGGUAAAGAUGAAUACAAAACUGUUUACAACUUCCUUCAUAAGAAUGAAGAGUUAAGUACUUCCAACAAGUU